AGUACAGCACCAGCCAUGGUCACGCAGACAUGCAUCCCAGACACAGGUUGGGUCCCAGGGGACCGAAAAAGAGCUCGAGACUUCAUGGAAUCAGAUUUUUCAGAAAGUAAAAGAAGCAAAAAAGGAGAUAAAAAUGGAAAAGGUCUAAGACAUUUUUCAAUGAAAGUCUGUGAAAAGGUACAGCGUAAAGGAACAACAUCUUAUAAUGAAGUUGCAGAUGAAUUAGUAUCUGAGUUUACAAAUUCUAAUAGUCACAUAGUUACAGAUCCAGUUUAUGAUCAGAAGAAUAUUAGACGGAGAGUUUAUGAUGCACUCAAUGUGUUGAUGGCAAUGAACAUUAUUUCAAAAGAGAAAAAAGAAAUCAGAUGGAUAGGUCUUCCUACAAACUCAGCUCAGGAAUGUCAAAACUUAGAGAUGGAGAAGCAACGGCGUUUAGAACGAAUAAAACAGAAGAGAGCUCAGCUGCAAGAACUUCUAUUGCAGCAAAUUGCUUUCAAAAACUUAGUACAAAGAAAUCAACACAGUGAACAACAUACUCGGGGCUCUCCAGCAGCCAAUUCUACAAUACAACUACCUUUUCUAAUAAUAAACACAAGCAAAAGAACAGUGAUAGAUUGCAGCAUCUCUUCUGACAAAUUUGAGUAUCUUUUUAAUUUUGAUAAUAUGUUUGAAAUCCAUGAUGAUGCUGAAGUAUUGAAGCGAAUGGGAAUGUCAUUUGGUCUAGAGGCAGGAAAAUGCUCAUCAGAAGACCUAAGAACUGCUAAAUCGCUAGUGCCUAAGGCUUUUGAAAGCUAUCUCACAGAUAUGUCUGCAGGAAUUUGUCGGAUGAAUCAGGAGUUAGUUUUAGAUUCAGCUCAAGCAGGUUCCAUUUUGAGCACAACAGGGGAUUCUGUGCUUUUAAAGUCAAGUAGUGGAAAUCCAGGACUAUGUCUGGAUACUGAAAUGGCCUUAGCAGCAGGACAACUACUACUACCCAGCAGCCAACAGUCCAGCAGUGCAGCGUCACACUACUCAGAAUCACGUGGUGAAACUCCCUGCUCAUUCAGUGAUGAAGACGACAAUAAUGAUGACUCAUCUUCACCAGAAUAAAGAUGCACCAGCCAAAGGAAAUGUAUUCUUUCAUACUAUUUGUGUGAGCUUACAUUCUUUACUCUUCUAAAUUUUGUCUUAGCCCUACAUAUUUUGAUGGAGUUUGGACGAAGUUUAUGCAUAGAGACAGUGAACUGCUGACAAGUAACCAGGACUAAUAUACUGUUACAGGGCACAUAAAGACCAUGAUUGUGUGUUUGUACCUCUGCACAUAUGAUAGAAUAUGGAUGCCUCCAAACAGGUAAACAGAUUCUCUGGUAUUGUACUGUUUAAUGUCUUUCAUACCUGCAUCUAGUCCAAAAGGAUAGUAUCGACUUCCCCCCCUUCCCUGUCUGAUGUGUUGAGCAUAUAAGCACACCAGAGGUACUGUACAAUAACAUGCUUUCUUCAUUUGCCACCAGAACAUCCACUUACCAAAGUAAACUUUUGUGCAUGCAUUGCUGUUGAACAUUAAAUAGAAAGUCAGUAGCCUGGUAGUCCCUUCCGGCUCUGGUAGGGCUACUGGCUGGGCUGGGAAAGGAAUGUUGGUGUUGGUGAUGGUGCCAGCAGCAGUGGCCAUGGGCUCCUCUUCUUCCUCAGAAGGAAAGGAGUCAAUGGCCACCACUGCUGACAUCAUCUUCCUUUCCUGCCUCACAAGCAGCACAAUGAGGCCUGGAAGGGGAUGCCAGGCAGUAGCACUUCCUUUCCCAGAUGGUACAUGGGAAAGGCAGACCCCUCCUCCUCUUCUGUGCCCCUCCUCAUGCAGAGCCAAGGGCGAAUCCCUGAUUCUGGCCCCCUCCCACCCAUUGUUGCCCCAUGGAAGGGGAGAGGCAACCAAGACUGAAUUCUUCCCUCUUUCUGAACUGUGGGGUGGCUGCCUAUUUGAGGAUGACACCAACCCUAGUAGUGCCAUGGCUUAUAUUUCUAUGUUGUAAUCGUGACCAAGGGUUUGCUAAUUGGACAAGGAGCUGGUUGCAUAGGACCCUUCUGUGAUAUUUUAAAAAAUAUUGCUUCCUCAGUUCCAGGUGUCACAAUGGUUGGAUUAGAUCAAAAGGCUUUUUCAUUUACAACCGAGGAAAAGAGAGCACCUUUCAAAAAGGUCUAGUAGGGGAAGAAGUGUGCAGAGGGAAGAAGUGCACAAUUCCACUUGCUGAAUUGUAGGGGAAUUCUUUGCCUUGUCUCUUCUUUCAGAAAUUUUCUUUUUCAUCAAAAAAUAGCAUAUUUAAAGUCACUAUGUCUAAUGAGAUUAUAGCAAAGAGGCAAUUGAUGUCUCUUGUUGGAAUCAGCUUGCUGAAUAUAGUUGUAAUAUAAACUCAUGGCAGCAAAAAUUUUGAACUUAAAGUCCUCCAUUUCUACAUUUAGCACGAUUGUUUCCACCAUUACCAUUUUCCCCUUCUACAAUCCAUUAUUAAGCACUGGGAUAAUAUUGUACUUUCUGCAGUUGCUAGUUUUUAAAGUAAAAAGGAAAAUAUGCUGGGAAAGUUUUUAAAAGAUAGCAGUACUAAAUAGUAAAAUUUUAACUGAUCUAGAUGAUUUCCAGUAUAGAAAUCAUGUAAGAUUCUAUGAAAAAAGGAUUCUAUGAAAAAAGUUACAAUUUAGACUCUUUCUCAAUCACCUUUCUAGUUUAUAGUCUAAAUUGUAACUUUUUUCAUAGAAUCACAUUCACAAAAUCAUACAUUUCUAGUAAAUUCAAGCAGUUUUAGUUAACAGAAAUGUAAAAUAGUAGUUUUUGCUUUCUGACGUUAUGCUAAACUAAUGGAUUAAUGCAGAUAUUUAAAUGAAACCUCACUCUCUUCAGAGGACUAAAAAGGACUAAAAGGGCAACGUUUGAUCUCAGGUUUUUAAAAAAUUGAUCUAUAAAGCCAUAAUAAUCUAUUGGUUCAUAAAAAUCAUGUCAUGCUGUUAGAGAAAGAAACUCCAGUGUAUUAAUAGUAGUAGCAUGGAUGGAGAUAGACCACUGUUUACUAUUAAAAAAAUACUAUUAACUAAGAAACAUUUUUACUUUUCUCCAAUUUUGUUUAAAUGAAGCAGGUUCAUCCCAAGUAUAGGGAUAUAGAUUGGGGUAAAUAAAAGGAUCUAGAUUGGGGUAAAUAAAAGCAAUAUUUGAGAUGAUAUGUACUAGUUUCAUUACAGAAUAAAUUUUCCAUAAAUUAGUAUUAUAUAUAAAGAACAACUCUAUUUUUAGUUGUAAGGAUAUUGCCACAUGUGAACUAAUAGAAAUCUUUGCCAUUUUUAAAAAAUUGCUUACACUAUGAAAUUUGGCAAAUCCUUGCUCGACCUUUCAUAUAUCUCAAAUACAAGAUUUCACCAAGCAUACAUUUCUAAAUAGAGCUUUAAUUGAUUGAGUCUUACUGUGACAGAAUGCUGGCCAAAUGAAGGAAACGAUUAGCCCCUUUAUUGAAGAGCUGGAGGAAAUGGCACAAUACAACUGAGGUCAUUUUCACAUUCAUUCUGUCUUUUUAAUUUGUUUUUAAACCCUGUAUUUUGUGUGACUGAAGCCAAUAUUACAUUGUGCUAGGAGAGGCAUGUAUUUUUAAUGUGGGUCUUACCAUUCAUAUGUUACGUUUAAAAGGACAGAGGUGCCCUAUUUGCCACUUUCAUUCCUGCAGGGACGUUUUCCCAGCUGGCUUUCAGUACUUGGCUGGUGGAAAGUGCCUGAAAAGGAGGACCUCAGGGCAGAGACAGUACAAAACCUUCAGCUGCAUGACCCUUUGGCCAUAAAAUUAUAUCCCCUCCAGUUUAUGCACAAAUGUGAUCCCUCUGUUUAAAAAUGUAGGUCAGAACAGAACAAAAAACUUGAAAUCAAGUAUUCAUAGUAGUGGAAUGAAAGGAGACAAAGUCCCAUGUGCCUUGUGAUAGUCAAAAAAACUUUUAUUUCUUAAAUGGUCCAAACCAUCCAAAGUGCAUGGGAUUUCAAAGACGUUUUUGGACUAUAACACAGCACAUGGGACUUUAGGCAAAACAGACCGCCCCUUUGCUCUGCCUUCCAAACAGCUUGGGAGUGAGGAGUUUACAUGCCACAUGCUCCCAAGCCGCCCAGCCGUUUACAUGGGGGCAGCUUCGCACUGCUCUGGCGGCAUGGCAUCUACAUGCCGCCGGAGCAUCACGAAGCCAGCUUCUAGCCACAGUGCAGGCAGAAAAGCCGCCUUUUUGCCUCCCAAAAAAGGAGCAGCUCUUUGCUGCUCCUUUUCCGGGAAGCUUCAAGGCAGAUUAGGGUUGUGGCAUGCGGUUUCCGUGGCCCCAAUCCGGCUUUGGAGGGGGUGGUUUCAAGCUGCCCCUUCCACUGGUCUAUUUCACUCUUUUGUCUCCUUUCAUUUGUUCUAUUAAAAAUAUCGUUCUGCCUUUGCUAUUUGGGUUGAAAGAUGUGUAAGAUGUUUCCAGGUGGACAUUAAGAAAAAUGUGGAAAAUAAUACUUGCUGAUGUGGCAUUUUGCUCCCGUCUGGUAUCACCUUUCAUGUAUGAGACAGCUGCUUUGCAUGUAUAUGGCCCUGCCUAAUCUUACUGCCUUGAGAAAACAAACACAGAUCAAUAGCUUCUGAUGUCUUCAUUCAGACUGUGUAAUGUGAGGAUACUUUCAGGUGAUCAGAAAUUGCAUAUGAAUUUCUAGAGCAGG